AUGGCUGACAAUCAGUUCACGCGUCGAAAGAAAUGGCCCCAGAUCCUCUUACAAGAGCUUAUGGGCGGUGCGCUCUUUUGCCUCAAGCCCUACCCGCUCGAGCGGAGCAGUAUGGAUGCCUCGGGCCGGACCAACAAUACAACCGGAUGGAAGAUCAUCUACAUAUCGCCUUGUGGAGGAGAUAUGAUUGGCCAAAAAUCUACCGAACUGGAGAACCGGGACUUCCUCGACCUUGUCUAUCCCGCCGACCAACCGCUUCUUCAUACCCUUUUCUCCUCCCUCAUUCACCCUCAGACAGGCGGAGGCGGUCCUUCCGGCGCCUCAUCCAAUUCCACUCCAUCCUCAUCAGGCGGCUCAUCCUCCUCCGGCACCGGGAAAUCGCACACGACCUACGCCCGGAUCCUGUCGAGCGAUCCGGCCGAUAUUUCUCGGUCAGGACCGGUAGCGUGGGAAUUGCGUGCGCAUGCGACGGGCUUAGAUGGUGUCGGGGCGACUUUGGCGGGUGCGGGCGGAUAUAGGCUGGACGGGACGGUGAUACAGCGGGGAAGUGCGGAUGAGGGGACGUUGAAGGGCAAGGCGGUCUGGGUCAUGGGGAGAAGAAUAGGGAGUGGGAGUGCGGACGAGGCACAGUCAUUAGACGCGUUUCUUGAGCUCAAAUUGGAGAAUGAGAAGCUCCGGGAAGAGCUCCGAGAGCUCCAAUAUGAGAUAGACGAGGAGGACUUCCAAGCUGGGAAGGAGAAGGCCAAGGAGAAGGAGAAGGAAAAGAAGAAGCCGGCUCGGCCGAUCAAGGACAAGGAACCACGGGAGAAGAAGAGGGCAAAGAAAGCGAGUACAUUGCAGGGUGCGCCAGGGGCGAAUGGGGCGCUGGGGAGCCUGGGGGCGACAGGUGGAAGUGGGGCAGGAGGUACGAAGGAUGGUGGGGAGGGCGGAAUGCACGUUUGUGUCACGUGUGGGAGGACAGAUAGUCCCGAGUGGAGAAAGGGACCUUUGGGGCCAAAGACGCUGUGUAAUGCGUGUGGACUGAGAUGGGCGAAGCGGAACUCGACGGCCCCGAGUCGGAAAGAACGGAAAGCGGCUGAAGCGGCGGCGGCUGCUGCGGCUGCUGCGAAGCGGUGA